UACGAGUUUGUAUUAUGCAUUUACUUUUUCUUAAAACAUGUUUUACGUGUAAUAUAAAAAUCACUAUUACUAUUUGGCCUGUCAUGGAAUAAAAAUAAAAUACAUCAUGACGUUCUACGAUAAUUUCUCGAGAAAAAUUGACGGAAACGAAGAUCAUCCACUUAUUGGUAUCUACUUUUUUUUAAUUAUGUACAAAAUGAAACAACGAUUUUCCUAUACGACAACAGUCGUGCGGCGUCGAUGUAGGUAGUAAAUUAUUCUCUCCACACACGUCGUAGUAAUAACCGUAUCGUAAAAUACUGUGACGCGGAUAGGAUGGACGGAUAGUGCGUGUAUAGGGUAAUUCGUAAGAAUUUAAAGUGCAUCUCAACAAUAUAUAAUAAAUAAUAAUUUAUAUUAUAACGGGUUACUGAUUGGACGCAUUAUUUACAUUUUGAGAUUAUGUAUACUACGUGUGCUGUUCAGUGUUGUGACAAACACUAUUUAUAAUACUACGACUUCGGGUUCGCUGGUUUCGGAUGUAUACAAACGAUAAAUAAAAAAAACGUUUUUAAACGUCGACGUCGCUGCCUCUGCCUGUGCCGCCGCGGAGAGAGUACUACUUUCACUUGAAAACGUCGUAUAGCCGAGAGAGUGUAUUCUCUCUCGUGUGCCGUAAUAUCAACGUAAGACCGUAGAAACGUUUGUAAAUGUUUUCUUGGUUUUUGGUCGAUUCACUCGUCGUGUUUUUUACUUACUCGAAACAUUACGAGUUUACGACAUUAUAGGUAGUAUUUUAUUAUUGUGCUUUAUACACGGUCGUACGCUGUCGCGGUAUAAUAAUAAUAAUACAGUCUUGAUAUAGUCGUCGUCGUUCGUGUGAUUGUGGUGGGAGUGGUGGAGGUGUAUUAAGCGGGCGGGCGGGCGCAAAGUGUUGGCCCUGAACUUAUCCCCACCCGAUGGUCGUGACGACUACGGCGGCGGCACUCGCGUGUUGUGUUGAUAUCGGAGGCCAAUGCCGCCGCCGCCCGGACGUCGCACUCUCUCUCACCUGCAGCCGCCAGUUCAAGUUCAUCGUUCCGGCAGUGUCAUCCCGUCGCGCGUUCAAGUCUCCUCUCGUCGUCGUUGUCUCGGCCGUCGCGUGUUAUUUUUUUAUCUUCGAUACUUUUUAUCAGUUUUAUAAACUUUUCGAUAUUAGAUUGUUCGUUUUUGAAACGUGUGUGCAUUUAAAUUUUGUGUCUGUAUACGUCGAGUUUGACUAACGUUUUUGGGUUACUGUUCGGUGUUAAGUUUAUUUCGUUUUCGUUGUUACAUGUCGUCCCGCUUGCGGGCGGCUCGCUGUACGAGAAGUACAGCUACUACUAUCCCGGUUGUUUGGUCGUACUUCCGCGGUCGACCUCGCAGUCACGAUCUACGGCCCUUAGUCGGCCGUGCCUCCGCUGUUAUUCACAUGUAAACCAACCGACUCGGCGACAUGUUGCGACUCGCGUCGCAGAACGAUGGGGCUAUGACUUCGUCGUCCGAAGUCACUUCAUCGUCAUCGUCCUCGUCGUCGGCGGCUGCUUCUGCCGGGUUCUCGGCCACCAGCAUGUUUAUCAACGCAUUCUUCAGCACCAACAUCAACAGCCCGAUGACCCGGGAGAGCUUCGAGUUUCUGCAGGACCUCGACGACAGUUUCGGUGAACAGCCCACUUACACCACCCAUCAGCAGCGGUAUCACCAGGACACCAUCAUGAACCGGUUCAUGACACAGCACAACAACAAUUCGUCCACCGUCCCAGUGAUAACAACAGUCAAAGAGGAGUUGUCUCCCCCGAACAGCCUGUCGGGAGUCAGCAGCCACUCGGAUGGGUUGAAAAAGAAGAAACUCAACCACGCGCCCUCAACCGGCGCCGUAAACACCGCGGCAUCGGGUCCCGGUGGCGGCGUUGGCGUAGGCGGAAAUGUGCUGAACAACCGACCUCCCGAAGAACUGUGCCUGGUAUGCGGCGACCGAUCGUCCGGUUACCAUUACAACGCUCUCACGUGCGAGGGAUGCAAGGGGUUCUUCCGGAGGAGUAUUACCAAGAACGCUGUGUACCAAUGCAAGUACGGAAACAACUGCGAAAUCGACAUGUACAUGAGGCGGAAGUGCCAGGAGUGCCGGCUGAAAAAAUGCCUGACCGUUGGCAUGAGGCCUGAAUGUGUUGUACCAGAAGUUCAAUGUGCUGUAAAAAGAAAGGAGAAAAAAGCUCAACGAGAAAAAGAUAAACCAAAUUCUACUACAGAUAUUUCUCCCGAAAUCAUAAAAAUAGAACCUACAGAGAUGAAGAUUGAAUGCGGUGAACCAAUGAUAAUGGGCACACCUAUGCCGACUGUACCUAAUGUAAAACCACUGAGUUCUGAACAAAAAGAACUAAUUCACCGACUAGUCUAUUUCCAGGAUCAGUAUGAAGCUCCUAGUGAAAAAGACAUGAAACGUUUAACAAUAAAUAAUCAAAAUAUGGAUGAAUACGAUGAAGAAAAACAAAGUGACACGACGUAUCGAAUCAUCACUGAGAUGACUAUACUCACAGUUCAACUGAUUGUUGAGUUUGCCAAACGAUUACCAGGUUUUGAUAAACUCGUUAGAGAAGAUCAGAUCACUUUACUCAAGGCUUGCUCAAGUGAAGCUAUGAUGUUCAGGGUAGCUAGGAAAUAUGACAUCACCACUGACUCAAUAGUGUUUGCUAACAACCAGCCAUUUUCAGCAGAUUCGUAUAACAAAGCUGGGUUGGGAGAUGCCAUUGAAAACCAACUGUCGUUCAGUCGGUUUAUGUACAACAUGAAGGUGGAUAAUGCAGAAUAUGCUUUAUUGACUGCCAUUGUCAUAUUUUCAAGUAGGCCAGGUUUACUAGAUGGUUGGAAAGUGGAAAAAAUUCAAGAGAUCUACCUAGAGUCUUUAAAGGCUUAUGUAGAUAAUCGAGAUCGUGAUACAGCAACUGUCAGAUAUGCACGACUUCUCUCAGUACUUACUGAGUUGCGCACAUUGGGCAAUGAAAACUCUGAGCUAUGUAUGACACUGAAACUGAAAAACAGAGUAGUACCUCCAUUCUUGGCCGAAAUAUGGGAUGUCAUGCCAUAGUAAAUUGCUUCAGCUAGUUACCUUGUACCUUGUCACACCAUUAGUGUUACUUGGUAUUAUUUUGAAGACUGUCAAUAUUUUUUGUUAGUUCAGACCCCUGACAACCACUUGGCAAAUAUGUGUAGCUCUGAACAUCAAUUUGACUAUUUGUUCUACUUCUUGGAUGACUAUUUAAAAUACAGUUUACUAAUCUUAAUAAUAAUGACAUAUUGAACAUUAAAUAUCUAUCUAUCAUGUCAGGUAAUAAUAUUAGUUUACGUGUUGUCUUAAAUAUGCUUAAAAAUAGCUGAAUAUUUAAAGUUUGAAACUGUAGGUAAAUUAGGAGUUGUUUUUAAACACAAGGUGUAUAGGAAAAUGUUAGCACUCUUAGAUUUUGUAUUAGUAUGUUUGAAUUCACUCCUAAAUUAAGACAUAGUACUGUUAAACAGAAUUUGUUUUUAACUAAGAAUUUUUAACUAUGAGGGUGCUAUAUUGUUUCUCUGUUAUCCUCGUGUGGUUUUUGAGACUGUAUGUUUUGUACCUGCGUGUUGGAUUUUUUCUUUUUAAAAUUAUAUAUAUUAUAUAUAUUUAUCAAUAAGCCAAUUAAUUUUAUUAUAACAAAUUUAUAUGAAUAUAUUUUUUUUUUUUUUUAUAUAUGAAAUGUAAGAAACAUCAUUUCUAUUCGCGAAACUGUGAUAUUAGUUUUUAAUAAAUUGUAUAUGAUAAAAAAUAUAUUGUGUAUACUAACAUCUAUUAGUUAAUAAUCAUAGGACGUUUGAUGUAAACGUGUACAAACAUAGGUUCAGGGCUUUAGGUAAAUGUGGCACUCUUUUAUGUACAUAAUUAUAAUAUUAUUAUUUUUUUAUUACUUAUUAUUGUUAUGCUUUCAAAACCUAAAUAAGCAAUUCUGUUAAUGGAAAGUAUUUUAUUGCAAGUGUAUUUAAUUACAAAAUAUUAGAAACAGUUUUGAUUAGAUGAAAUUUUAUAUAUUUUAAGUACAAAAACAAAAUUACAAAUAGGAAAUUAAAAUAGCUAUUAUUAAUGUGUGUUUGUGUGUGUAUUGAGAUGAAGACUGUAAACAUCAACGUUUAGAUAUUUAUAUUAUUUUAUUAUUAUUAAUAUUUUAGACCAAUUGUCUUCUAAUUGCUUUACUGAUUUCUUUUUUAAUGAUCAAUAACUUUUAGGCCGGUUAUCGUUUUCCUUUUUAUUUAUUAUUUUUGUUUUCAUUUAACAUUAAUUCAGAACAUUUUUGGUAUGGUUCAAUAGCUUUAAAGAUAGCUUUUAAAAUUACAAUUUUAGUAUGAUAAAUACUUAUAAAUUUUCCUUUAUCCUGAUAACCAUAUAUUUUAUUCUUUUUUUUAUGUUGUUUUUUGUUAUUGUCAUUAAAACCAAAUUGAUGUGUCCUACCAGUGCAAUAGUUAUCAAGUUUAUUAAAUGUUGUCCAUAGUUUUGUUUUCAUAGAAAAUUAAUUAUCUGGUGGUAUAUGAUUAUAUGUAUUAAUAAAAUACCAAUUUUUCUUGGGUCAUAAGUGUAAUUGUUUGUUUUUAAGUAGAUGGAAUAAUUAUAAUAUUUGUAAAUUAGAGUGUACUGGGUGUUAUUUUCAAUUAUUAUUACUACCUAUUAAAGAACAGUUAUUUAUUACAAGUUAUAGUUUGAACUUAAGAUCAGAAUAGAUAAUUUUUGCCUUUUAUUUUCUUUCUCCAUCUACAUAUUUUUAUGAAUCAUAAUUAUUUUUUUUUUUUUUAAAUAACAUUCAAGUACACUCUAAAACAUUGUCUACUAGUUGAAGGUACCCAUUGUUAUGUUUCCUCAAUUUAGUAAUUUAUUUUAAAAACAUCAAUAAAUUAGAAUACUGAGAUAAAUAGGUAAUGUGUUAUAAAUAAGCUCUUUAUCAACCGAUUCAAUUUGAAAAUUCCUACCUGAUUUAUGAUAUUUUUAAGAGAUAAAUAGUUUAUAUAAUUUUUAGAUGAAAUGAUGUUUUUUACAUUCUAUUUAUUUGAGUUGAUAUCUUUAGUAAAAACAAUUUCAUUCAUAAACGCAGAAAAACCCGUCACUUGUCAGUUUUAAUACAAUUAUAUAUUUAUAAUGUUAUGUACAUUUUUAUGAUUACUUUUGUGCAAAUGUUAAUUCUUAGGAAAUUGAGUGUAAUUUUAAUAUUUUUUUUUUUUGUAAAGAAUUUUUUUUAAAAAAAAAAUACCAUUGAAAAAUGAUCUUGUUCUUUUUUUUUAUAGAUAUAAGAAUGUGUAUUGUCAUAAAAAUAUUAUUUUGACCAUAGAAAAUAUAAAAAUCCAAUGUUAAUAAUUAUGUGUUACAUACAACAGCCUCACAUUUGUUUUAAAAUCUCCGUUAUUAUAUUUUUGAUAAAAUAAUAAUGAAUUCAAUUUGUACUUCAUCAGAAUAUAUUUGUUUAAUAUAAGUUUAAAAAGUGGCCUUAAUUUGUAGCUAGUACCAAAAGGUCAAACACUAAACUCUUAUGUUUAAGAGAUUAUGAUCACCGUUGUGAAUUGCAUUAUGCACCAAUGACACUGUUUAUGUUUAAAAUGUAAAACUCGUUUGACCUUGCAAGUACUGGCAACUUUGGAGUGUACCGUUUAAUUUUAUCAUAUUGAUGUAAAAAUAAAUUAAAAAUAUUUCAACGAGUUAAUUAAAAAAUAGACUUUUUAUCACGCGUAGGAUUUCUAAAUACACUGCCCUUCGAAACAACUAUGCCGUAUUUCAGCGCACUUGUGCAGUUAAAUCUCACAUGCCACUGCCAUUUUUUCUUUUUAUACUUAAAAAAAAAAAAAAAAUACAUAAAAUAAUUCGAUUUUAUUAGAAACGUUUGAUAUUGUCUCAAGUAACACGUUAAUACUCUUUCAACUGUGUAUCAUUGUAUGUAAUCCGUGGUUUUAUUUAAAACGCUAAUAAUCCGGAUAAAAAAAAAAAAAAAAACUGUUUUACAAAUAUAAACAGUGAUUAGAAUUUUUUGUACUUUUUGUUUUUAUAUUAUAUUUUUUACAUGUAUAUAAAUACGUCAAGUACAUUUUUUAGUUGCGCUUUUUUACGACAUUUUGAUAUUAGCUACAAUUCGGUUUUACAUAGUGAUAAAUUAAAAUUAUAAUAAUAUUAAUACCUACUAUACUGCUACUACUACUACCACUACUAAAAAUAAUAAUAAUAAUAAUAAUAAUAAUAAUAGUAAUAUAUUAUAUAGUACUCGAAAAAAAUUUGUACUUUUGUAGAUCACAGUUAUAAUAUAACUUCUUAUUUUUGAGUGUAUAUUCAAGUGUGACGCAUUGUAUAAUAUAUUGUGUUUAGACAGUUUAGACCAGAAGUCGGCAACCCGCGGCCCACAGGUCGCAUGUGGCCCGUGAAGCGAGUUUAUUCGGCCCGCGAUUACAAUUUAGAAUAAGUAUAAAAAUUUGGAAUACCACAUUCUGUAUUUAUGUUAAUUUUUAAACUGUAAAUAAAAUAAAAUGUAUGGCCCGUGAAAAUUUUUUUUUUAAUUUUUUGGGCUCUGACACCAAAAAGGUUACCGACCCCUGGUUUAGACGAUUAUAAUUUUAACAUAGUAUACUGCAGUCGUUAACGUUUACCGAGUAUGAUAUAAAAUAUUGGUACAGCAAGAUGUUGUAACCGUGACAAUGAUUAUCCGCAAGAAGUUCUUAAAAAUAUUUUUGUGAAGUUCUUUAAUAUAUUUGUAACUGCGAUAUAAUAAUAGUGUUGUUAGAUGCAUAUAUAGUAAAUUACAACAAUGAUGGUAUA